AUGGAGUCAGAUUCUGCGCUUCACGCUGAUGUACCCGAUGGCGCGGAAGUGUCGCCUUUAGAAGAGAACCAAGCUGGAGAUGCUAUCGAUGCUUCUGAAAGUAAUGUAACAAGUAACGAAGAAGCCGCCGCUGCUGAAGAAUCAGCUGCAAAUGGAGGUCCUACGAGUAGCAGUGAUGGGUUGGAUAUUGAUGCUGCAGCUCAAUUAGCUGACGGUGAUGAUGGUGAACAGCAUGCUGAGCAAGCAAAUCCUGAAGCAGAGGCGGAAGAAGAGAUGGACAUUGAUGACACAACUACGGGAACAGUAGCGGAUGAAUCAGCUUACAUUGGGGACAACUGUUUGUCAACACCUGACACUGAGAGCCAGUUGGAUCCGAUGAUGAAAGAACAGAGUUUAGACGAAGCUGAAGGCUUGGCAGGAGCUGCUGAGGAGUCUCCAGACCAGUCCAUUAGUUCUGCAAUGCCUACCGACAGUGGAGUUGGUGAGGGUGACGGUGUUCCAAUUGUGCAAGAUGAUGAAUCUAGCACCAUGGAUGAAGAUAUGGGUGGUGGGGAGGGUGUUGCCAGUAGUGAUGAUGUCAAUGACAUCAGCAGUGCUGCACAGGAUGUUCUCAGCACAGGCAUUAGUUCAAGCACAGCGGAGGGUGGUGCUGAUAUAACUAGCAGUGGACAAACAGAAGCUCCUCUUAUUUCCUCCACAGCCAAUGGACCAGCAGUACUACACUCUUUCUCUCUUGCAUCACAACAGCAAACUAAUGAAUUCAGUGAUGCAGACACAUCAGAGAUGGAGGGAGCUGCUGAUACUAUGCCUACAGUCAGUGAAUCAAUGCCUUUGCUCACUAUGAAUGCUAAUGGCUCGGAAUUACUCUCACCUACUUUGUUACCUGGCGAGGACGGUGGCGCAGGUGUGUCGUCGUCGGUGGCGGCGGAGGGCGCGGCGAGCGAGGCGGCGGCCGACGUGGAGGGCGCCGUCAGCAGCUCGGGCCCGGUGGCGGGGGCCGCGGGCGCACCGCCGCUGCCGCCGACGGACGCGGCGCACGCGCUGGCCACGCUGGCGAGCGCCGCGCUGCACCACCAACAUGACCAGGCGGAGCCAGAAGAGCCAAAGCAACAUGAUGAGGAUGCAUGGUACACAGUUGGAAUUGUCAAAGGAAACACAUUUACGGUUCAAAAUUAUAUUUCCGACCCCAAUGUGGAUUUGUCCAAUUUAUCGCUAGAUAAUCUACCAGACCUAACCGGCCUACCCACUACGCCGCUCGAGCAUGGUACUGCUUACAAAUUCAGAAUUGCUGCCAUUAAUUCCUGUGGACGUGGCGAAUUUAGUGAAGAAUCUGCAUUUAAGACUUGCUUACCUGGUUUCCCUGGUGCACCAUCUGCCAUCAAAAUAUCAAAAUCUGUUGAGGGAGCACAUUUGUCGUGGGAACCACCACAAGUGGCCGCAGAAGGCAUAUUCGAAUAUUCUGUGUAUCUAGCUGUGCGGUCAACUACACCAUCUAAGGAACCAACAAAAUCACAGCUCGCGUUUGUACGUGUCUACUGCGGCAAGGCCAACACUUGUGUGGUGCCACAGGCGUCGCUGAGCGCGGCGCACGUCGACUCCUCCACUAAGCCAGCGAUCAUAUUCCGCAUCGCCGCGCGAAACGAGAAAGGAUACGGCCCAGCUACCCAAGUUAGGUGGUUGCAAGAUAUAAAAUCAACGGGCGUGAAGAGAGCAGGGGAAGGCAGACUAUCGGGUGCUUCACCUUCCAAGCAACCCAAGCAAAUAUUGCACUAA